CAGCAUUUUAGAAUACAGCUGCACUUAGACAGAAUAUUAUUUGAUAUAUUUUCAUACUAUUUAUGAAAAUUUUUAUAUUAUUUAUAUCUUUCAGCAACUUUUAUUACAAUUUUGCCACUUUUACACCUUUGGUGAAGUUAUUUAUUUAUGAGCCCAAUCAGCCAAACCAAAUUGCUGUUCAUCCCUAAAUUCAGCUUGAACAAGUAAAUAAAGCAAGCCAACACUCGUCGAUUUUUUUUUCAAUUUGCUAACUGUCAAUCACUUUAUUUCUUCAUCAUUCACGUUAGAGUAAAAAAAGCUUGAUUACACCUAAAAAUCUAACCAUCAAUUGAAAAUUGGGUUAUCCAUACUUUGAAUUAUUUUUUCUUCAUAUAAAAAAAAACAAAUUUCGAUAUAUUUUGUAAAAAAAUAUUUGCAAAAACAGAAUAGAAUCUGAAAAAUAUAUCUUUGAGUGGUUUGCAAUAACUUCUUGAUUGGUUUGCAAUAAUUGCAAAAACCUCCUUCUUUAGUUCAAAUUGAUUAGUUUCUUUCAUUAAGAUUACUCACCAUCUGCAAUACAAACACCCUCUCUCAUUGCAAAUAUAUUUAACCCAUUUUCGACAUCAAUUUCACCCGAAGAAGUUACAUAGUUGCCUUUAUCUAACUACCUUUGUUUCAAUAUGUUGACUUCUAAGUUGGUUGCUUUCAUCGAGGUUCUGCUAUUUGCAACCCUGGUUUAUCCGGAAGAAAUCUUGAAGACGUUAGACGGUUCCAGCUUCCCAUCUACUCCGAGAUGUGGGAAUUCGCCGGACACCAAUGGAAAAUGGUGUUUCGAACCCAUGAUGACUCAACUGCGUGUCUGUGGAAAUCCAACUCUAGCUGCCAACCCAGGCAGUGGGUCCAUCCCUUCACCUGAUCUGGGAGCUAACAGGGAAGUGAUCUCCACACCUGUGAGACUUCCAGAUGACUUGGAUGAGUUUUUGCUCUCUCUCAAAUUCAGCAUUUCAUCUUGCGACGAAAACGUGUUAAGUUCCAAAUCCGAUUGCUCCGAAGAACUCAAAAUUGAACUCAUCGGACAACUUGAUCACAGCCCGAACGAAGUCGCCCUUUUCUCCAAAACCGAAACGACAGCUCUCGGAACAGCGCUGAGUGAAAUAUACUCAGUCAACAAUCGGGAAAAAUUUAGAUAUAUUAGGCUAAAACUAACGUCAGGAACAGCUUGCGUUACAGUUGAAAGCAUUCAAAUUAAAGCUGAAAAAUGCUUGUCCGAAGUCGCGAACUUAGUUCGGUUCCAAAGCGCGUAUGCUUCCGAAAGCAAACGACAUUCGGGAAAAUGUGUGGAAAAUUCAGUUUUGAAUGGAAAAAACCAGCCAUUGAAAAAGUGUUCACAUGGAAACUGGUUUUCGCUCAUAGAGGCAAAUUGUGUUUGCGAGAAAGGAUUCUUUUUCGAGAGUGAAAAAUGUAAAGCCUGUGGGCCCAACGAGUACAAGAAUGUUCUUGGGAAAGGACCCUGCAGUCGAUGUGCCCCGUUCUCCUUCAGUGGGGGUGGGGCUCACACUUGCACAUGCAACCGGGGCUACUUCCACAACCCAGCCAGUGUCAGUGACCCCAACUGCUACAAGAUGCCACUUUCACCCAGGGUGUGGAAAGUGACAAACGCGACAAAUGAAGUGUCUUUGAACUAUAGUGUGGACUCAUUUGACCCCAAUGUCAGAGUGGAGGUCACGUGUGUGUCCUGUGUUGACCUCAGACCCAGAGUGCACUACAGUUCAGAUAAGAGGUCAGCAGUGGUGAGUGGUUUGUCUGAAAACACAGUGUACAGAUUAAGAGUGGCAGCUGUCAAUCAAGUGUCCUCCCUUGACCUCCAAAAGACAUCCAUAGAAGUCACAGUGAAGACGAAAAAGUCACAUAAAGUACGAGUUUUAAAAUGCGUGAAAAGCUAUGACAAACUACUAAUCGAGUGGGACCCGAUAAACUUCGGAGAAUCGGAUUCCGAACCUCCCCCGAGAGAACUCUCGUGGAGCUACCUCGGCAGUCGCAAUCGGCAGUCGGUUGCAGUGGCGCCCUAUUUGGUCCAGAUUAGACCAGAGAACUCGAGGAGUUUCAUGGAUUUCUACACGAAUGAUACAAAGUUCCAAACGUCAAAUCUGAAUCCCGAUUGGCAGUACAUUUACAAAGUGGGACUCAAAAAUGACCCCAAAUCAUUCUCACAAGAAGUUGUCUGCUCAGUUCAAGGAACCCUCCUCUCCAAAGCCCAAAUCCAGGGUAUAACAGUUCUAGUGGGGGCAGUCUCAAUCGUGUUCAUCGCCCUUCUAACUGUUCUGUUUAUUGUCUUCUGCUACUACAAGAAAAAACGAGAAGAAUUUCUCUACUCUUCGUGUGCUGGUUUCACAGCGCCCAGUGUUUUUGACCAAAGUGGGGACCUGAAAAACAUGUCGCCCAUUUACUCUCACUGUGCUAAUAAUACUGGGAAGUACUUUUAUGGGGCAACAAGUGGGGGGCUAGCGGGAGGGACUGGUUUGAAUCAGUAUCACAUGGGAGAUAUUUACGGCAGUGCGAUCAUCGCAGCAAAAAGAGGUUAUCAGUACAGCAAAAACGGAACUCAAGAUAUGAGCAAUAUUCCUCUGACCAGUACUGGAAUCGAUCUCUUCCUCGAAGCCUCCCAAUACUAUGACUCAUACGACUCAAUGCUACAUGAAUUCGCUAGAGACGUCCCUUGCAGUGCUGUCACAAUUGACUCCCAAUCAUCACAAAACACAACUCAAAACCAACACUUCGAAUACUUAAACGGUCUAUUUGGACCAGGAUUAGUCCUAAGUAAAGGAAGUUUAUUAGUUGGAGACAAGCAAGAGUCGAAACCAGAGUCAGUUCGAAUUGUGAGGUUGACUGAAAAAGCGAGCGAUGAUGAUCAGAAGAUUCUGGCGAUGCAAGUAAUGACGAUGUCAAAUUUCACUCAUCCGAAUGUAUUGAUGAUGCAUGGUGUAACAUUUACAAGCGAUCCUCUUUGUUGUGUGAUGGAAGAGCCCGACUUAGGUCCUCUCCAUAUUGUACUCUCCCAAAUGACGUCACAACUCAAACAUAGAAGCAGCAGCCAAUCAAACUCCACCGAUUAUCUCAAAAUUUCGAAUCUCUCUUCUAGUGGACAAGAAAGCAGUGUUGAGCAUGGUGCAACAUCGCCCUCUAGCGGCAAAUCAUCAGAGUCGUCAUCGUGUAGUAAUUAUGGGAAGCUACCAGGAAACACGGUGGAUGUUCCGGAAUUGCUGCACUUGCUAAGAGGGAUUGCUUCUGGAAUGCAAUAUUUGCACGACGGUGGAGUUUACGUGCACAAGGUGCUGUGUUCGAUGAAUGUUAGUGUGACUAAACACAGGAUGUGUAAAGUGGGUGGAUUUGACAUGAGGUGUGCUCUGGAAAUGCACUCUUACAAUGCAGUCUCGCCCCAGUCGGGCACAGGGGGGACACUCACCGCACCUGUACCGUCACACAAACUGACAGAGCUGCAGACCCUGCUCGCCCCCUGGACUGCUCUGGAAGUGUUCGAGGGGAGUCUCCUCUCUCAGCAGAGUGACGUGUGGUCUUUUGGAACUGUCAUGUGGCACGUGUUCUCUCUGGCACAGCACCAGCCCUUCUUCGACUGGAACCAAAAAGAGAUAGUGCGCAUGUUGUUCAGUGGCUACCGGCUGCCCCCACCCGACAACUGUCCAGACCAGGUGUAUGAACUGAUGAUGGCCUGCUGGUCCCUCAAUCCCAUCUCCAGACCCCCCUUCUCACUCAUCCGGGAGGUUAUUGAGAAACUGAUCUGCAGCAGUGCCCCUCAAUCCACUAGUCUCAACUGCACCAGCACCCUCUCCUCUUCCUCCUCCCCCUACACAAAUGCUGCCACCAUUGGGAAUGACCUAAGAGGUCAAGUUCAACAAUCAUACAUUGGGAACGUCUCAAUUUACGACGGAUCCUGCGAGUCAUCUGAAAAAUUCCUCUAUGAAAUAGGAUUGGGUCAAUACACGCCCCUAUUCGAACAAGCUUUAAUCUUAAAAGUAGCUGACAUUGCAGUACUCUCAAACAAGACUCUGAAAGACCUCGGAGUGACGUCAAGCAAAGAUCGCAAGAAGAUUCUAGAACGAUCGAACUCAGUCGUCAAGUCAACUAGAAUCUCAAGUUUGAAUUCAAACUCAACUCGCCACAACAAAACGUCAUUCAUUCCGCAAUCUACUUUACAAAGAGUGCUUUGAAGAUAACUUUUUUAUUAUUAAAAAAGAAUCUCCAUUUAAAUAUCAGACUUUUAUUUAAAUUCUGCUUAUUGUUUUAUCAGUAGCUAAUUAGAAAAAUUGAUGUUUUCCUACCUCA